AUGAAUCUUGGAGUACUCUUGUUAGUACUUGCCCAGGUGCUGUGUUGUAGGGCAGGCCGCCCAUCUGCACAGGACUCAGCAUUAGUUGCUGUUCCUUGCAAUGAUCCUGGAGCAGAGGCUGCAGCAGACUUGUCUUUGAGGCAACUUAACAGCAAUCGUAGAGAAGGCUCUGUGCUUGAGCUCAAUCGGAUUUCCAAUGUGCAAGAACAGUUUAAUGAGGAAACUGGUGCUGUGUAUUACUUAACAUUAGAUGUGUUGGAAACAGACUGUCAUGUCCUGAGCAAGAGAAUUUUAGAAGAUUGUCAACCCAAACCACGGAGUGAAGCCGUUUUUGGACAAUGUAAAGUGACAUUUCAACUCAACAAGCCAAAGAGAAUUGCUCACCUCCAUAAUUAUGAUUGCACCUUGAGACCAGUUUCUAGAGGGGAAAGUCCCACUGUAAGCCCAGUAAAUGAAGACAUUGCGAAGCAAGGUGUUGCAAAGUUUAACAAGGAGAGCGAUCUGAAUAAAUAUUUUAAUUUGGGGAACAUCACAAAGGUUUCAGAGCAGUCUGAAGAUGGAUCCUCUUAUGUGGAAUUUACGAUUCAGGAGUCAGCUUGCAACAAAUCCCUUUCAGCUGAUGAACUGUCACGAUGUGAGAAUCUAGACUGCGAGUUUGCACAUAUUGGUUAUUGCAGGGCUGAUGUCGCUCCAGGCAAUCUGACAGUUUCCUGUGAAAUACAUGAACCUGAGGCUUCUGUUGUUGAAGAGCAAAAACAUCAGGAUGGCCACCCUGAAGAUAAACCUGAUGGAAGUGACAAAAAGAAUCAGCCUGGAAGGAAAGGAGACAAAAGAGGAGGCAAGGACCAUGGACAUGGUCAUCACAGGCAUGGCCAUGCACAUGGUCAUAAACACGGCCAUGGCCACAAACAUGGCCAUGGGCACAAACAUGACCACAAACAUGAUCACAAGCACGACCACAAGCAUGAUCACAAGCAUGAUCAUCCACAUGACCAUCAUCAUGAUGACAGUGAAAGCCAUGAAGAUGAACAUGAACAUGAGCAUCUGCACGCGUAUGAGCAUCAUCAUUCCCCAUCAAGUGGUGCACAUGGUCCACCAUCAGAACCAAAAAAGACAGUGGGUAUCAUUAGAGUUCUACAACCAGGAGAAGAACCCACAGCUGCUCCCAAAGUUCAAGAAAAGAAAGGUAGAAAGCCAUCAGAUGGUGCAAAACCCUUCAUCCCAGGAGGACCAGGAGCCAGGCCUGGUAGACCAUCUGGACCAAGCAUUCUACCUUUCCCAGAUAAAGCUUCCACAUCUGAGCAAUGUCCAGGGCAAUCUAAACUAAAUGCUCCCAGAGCUGAUGCCCCCCCUAAUCCUCUUCCUAAGUAAAUUCAUGGGAUAAUACUUGAAGUUCUAGUUUGUUGGGAUGGGGGUAUCUUAAUGUAUGUUUUAUUUUAUUUUUUGUAUAAAGCACAUGAUAAUGUUCAUUUAUGGGCACAACAAACAAAACGUAAUAAAUUAAGGCUAACCCAGUCAAAUAUA